ACAGAAUUACAAUGACAUCAAAUGUCGACGAUCUUAUUUUGGAGGCCGCACGUAAAGGCUCCAUUACUGAACUAAACGAAAUACGUAAAAAUUACAACUGGAUGGCGAUACCUGUUAACUUCAUAGUAAAGUGCUACAACGAAGAAGGAAAUACGCCUCUUCAGGUGGGCGUUGACAACGGACACUACAACGUAGUCGAGUUUCUGAUUGCAGAAUUAAAAUAUCAAGUCUAUCCGCAAUGGAAGAAAACAAUUAACUAUGCCUGUUCGUUUUCAUGGGCAAGUUUAGAUUUUAACAAACCUCUCCCGCCGUUCAAAACGCUGUCACUUGAAAUGGAAACAAUUCGCGACAUUUCCCACCAAGUUCCCAUCGAGAAGUUGAUUGAGUAUCUAACUGACCCAGUCAAUGACGAACCCUUCCAAUGGUUGGAAUUUAUUUUAAAUUCUUUUGUUUCAAGCUCGAUCAAUCCAAGCAAAAUUGUUGCGCUAGAACUGAUGGGCACUGCGUUUAUUUUCAAGCACAAACAAUAUGUUUGGCGUGGGCUGCAAUGUUGGGAACAGGCCAUGAUGCUUCGUAAGUCUACAGCGAGUGGUAAUUUACCCAUACCUAAUGUUCCUUACGUUCUAUCGGGAAUUGCUAGAAAAGCUUUUACGGAUAAAUUUCAAAUAAUUACAUCAGAAUUAUCGCUUCAGAAGUUUAAAGAAACUUGGCAACGUCAUUACAGGCACGUCGACGUGCAAGUUCAGGGCCUAUUAGUUAGCGAAAGAAUUUUGAAUCAAUUUAACAAAGGACAAACGAGUCCAAAUUCAUUUCAUCUAGAAAAUCUAAUACAUUACGGUUAUCGUUGCUGUUACGAGGAAAACGAUUACAAUCGCGCGUUUAACAUUUCGCAGCUAAUUCUGGAACAACUGAAUGGAUUUCAAUCGACUUCUUCCCCUCAAUGUAUCCGAAUUUUCGUUAGAGCUCUCGACCUGAUGUUUGAAUGUUUGGAACAACAGUCAACCAGUAAACGGAAAAAGGGACUUUCCUUCGCUGAUCUCCUAACUGUUUUCAGAUUCGGCUUAACCAUCUUACAUAAGCUUGCCCUAUUAUCGCCCGUCACGAGGACGACGAUAGAUUAUUGGCAACACAUCAUCAUGGAAAACGUUUACCGCUUGCUAUUAGAUCGCAUUCUUACGCAUAACCAGCCGGAAAUCCAAAAACUGAAAGAUUGUCUAACAAACUAUUUCGGCGCGAAUAAUGCAUAUAGUUUCACUAGUCUCCUACAUCUGGCAAUCAAGAAGAUUGACGUCAUACAAGGAUAUCAAAGUAAAAUUGUACCUGUUAUCCAGUUGUUUCUUGAAACCGGAGCUGAUCCAACAGCUACGGAUUCUAAUGGCAAAACUCCGUUUCACAUUAUGGCUGAGAAUUACGAAUGGUUUCGACUGGAUUUAAAAUCGUAUGAAACAGUUUUUCAAGCCUUGUUGGAUGCUGGAGGUCGUCUUGAUCAAACGACGCCGGAUGAGAAAACAUUCACCACCAUUUUAAAAGAACAGAAAACAAAGUAUCUGUUAGAUAAUCACCUAAUCAUGGAACAAGCAAUUAAUACCGUACCUCCUCUCUCCUUUAUCUGCGCGCAAGUCAUACGACAAGCAAGAAUUCCGUUUGAACAUCAACUUCCGUCCAGUAUACAAUCAUUGAUUGGUCGCCAUUGUGCUUUUAAAGUUAUUUCAUUUUCAGGUGAUGGCCUUUUCUCUUGA